AUGACACUUUUUUUCUCUUUAUACCUAAUCUUCGCCACCUUGUUCACCAAUGUGACUGCUCUGGCUUUCCACAGACGAUAUUCAAGUGUAAAGAUUCAAUCGUACCGUUCGUCCUUAUGUCUAUCCCCAAAAGGCUCACCUCUUGCUUGGACCAAUGGAGUUCAGGUUACGACUGUGGAAUGUAACACCGCCGUGGAAUGGGAUAUCAACCCCGGAGCUGGCAGCAUCAUUGUCAGCGGAACGGACCUCGCGUUAGAUGCUGGAUCGGGAGAUAACAACAGCUUGGCAGUCAAAAUCUGGCAAUCCUACCCUUCUUUGUUUCAGCAAACCUGGUACCUCACCAACGAUGACCGGAUCGCCAUCGCCGGAGGCACUCAAUGUCUUGAUGAAGGAGUCAAUGGUCCACAAACUUACGUAUGCACUACUGGUAAUACCAAUCAAAGUGAGCCACACCACGAUCGUCUAUACAGGUGUCUAUUCUGUCCUGAUGAGAGUACUGGGCGUUGUUUUAGUAUGGAGAAUCAUAGCUUCUACACCCGCAGACCCCGUAGUGUCCCUGCUAUCCCUGUGGGCACUAUAUAUCCUGAUCCAUCUGCUGAAUUGGGGCGUCGCAUUCAUCCAUAUGGAAGACAGGAUCUUUGUGUGAUGUUGGGCAAUGGCAUCGCGGUGGCUCAGCAAUUGGUGGAUAUUGCCUACUGCGUGGCUAACAAUUCCCCAUACGCUUCCCUCCAAUUGUGGAAUAUCACCCUCAAUGUGCCCUCGCUCAUUUCGCUUCAAUCUCACCCCAACCUAUGUCUGAACGCAGGUCAGACGACAAAGAAUGGGACUCGACUUGUCACUUCUCGAUGUGACACACUAAACUCUCGACAGAAAUGGUUGUGGGACGGUACGACUCUGUAUUUGGACUCGCCCACCCCUAAGGAAGCAUGGCGAUUGUGUCUAGACGUGGAAUACAACUCCACGCGAACUCCGCAAAGACCAUAUGAUAGAUUGGAAAGGCUGCAGAUGUGGGGAUGUGUUGAAGGAAGUCAUCAGCAGAUAUUUUCGGUGACAGGUGACCACCCCACCGAUGAUUGUGAUUAA